UCCGCUCCAUUUGCCCUCAGAGGUUUUUUGUUUGCCAGAGCGAGGUGUCCAAGGUGAUAAAGUACAAAGACAACACAUCGACUUGGCAAUCGGAGGCACUAGAGCAGAAUGGGAGAACACAGCCAACUCUCACUCAGAGUGUGAGCCCAGCCCCUGAGGAGCUGUGGAUGGAUGGGCUGUGAGGAUCCAGAAGCCAUGGAGGAGAACCAGCAGCUGGUUCGCUCACUGCAUUGCGCCUUCAGCAAUUGGUACAACAGCUCGGGCCUCGCCGAGGGCCCCAUGGCUAUGUCCCACCAGACCAACGGCUCCGGGUCCUUGAAGUUACAGAUGGAGGACUUCACCAGCAAGUGGCAGGCCCUUAUGCCCCCACGCCACACCUCGAUAAUGCAUGUGUGCCCCAUACUGAGCUUCCUGGCUGUGUUCUUUGUGGUUCCGGUUAUCGUGGGCAACAUAUUAAACAGGCCGCAGAUGUACCAGGAGACGCGGUACAUCCUUCUGGCCAACGUGUUGCUCAGUGACCUGCUGUUUGUCACCGUGUACAUGCUGAGCACCUGCCUGAAUGCAGCCGGGGUGUUGAUGUUAGAGUGGGCCUGCACUACCCAACUCUUCCUGCUGGCGGCGCUGUUCAGCUCUGGAAUACUCAGCACCAUGGCCAUGGUCCUGGAUACGCUGCUGGCCGUGCUGGUGCCCCUGCGAUACUUCGCCCUGUGGCCAGUCUCCAGGACCAGGAGAGCCGUCGCUGGUAUCUGGGCUGUAUCUCUGCUCUUACCGGCUGGCGUUGUGGGAGUGUUUACCUGGUACCUUUCUGGAACCUGCAACCUCCACCUAUGCUCUGUUCCCGUUCUACUGGUGCUCAACGUCAGCUACUCCCCGCCCUUGCAGUUGGCGAUGCUGCUCUCCGUGGCGGCCAUCCUGCUGAUCCUACUGCUGGUGUUUUCCGGCUACGUGGCCGUGUGCUGCCGCACCUGCAAGGCGGGUGUAUGGAAGGGUGAGAGCUCGUCCCGGGCCAAAGGCACCUUCCUCAUCCACUAUCUGCACCUCUUCCUGUCCUUCUGCCCCAUGCUGGUCCUGGCCUACAAGCUGAUGUGGUACUGCUACUACGGAGUGCAGGACCUGCGCGCCGACUUAUGGUUGUCUCUGGUCAUGUGCAACGUGCUGCUGAUGCUUCCCAAGGCCCUCGCACCCUACCUGUACGGCUUCAGAUACAGGGACCUGAGGAAGGCCCUGCUCCUCUUCUACGGCAUCAGACGUGGCACGCCCAUCGAGCCCAUCACCUGAACUUGAGCCCGGUGCAAAAUAAUUAAACAUUGGACCUUAAAAAAAGAAUAAGAAAAGACAUUGUGUUAUUUGUGGUUAAUUAAGUGUUAUAAAAGCCUUUUUGGGUGUCAAGCAACAAAGUUGCGAGACGACCUAUUGUUUUUGUAUGUUUUCCUAUUAUUAUUAUUAUUAUUCUGUCAUGGGAGUCUAUGGCAGCCCAUAGAACGCCUUGGUGAAAAGUUGUGAAAUUUGGCACACUGGUUCAGGACAGCCCCAUUAGCCCAAAAAGGCAAUUUCAGGUCGCUAGCCCAACAGCUCUAGCGCCACCAACAGGUCAAAUUUGCACUUGCAUUCAUGUUUAUAACUUUCGACCCAUUCAUCCAAUAUUCACAAACCAGGCAUCAUUGGAUUCCUUGAACCAAGCCGAGUUCAACGUUACGCACCCUAUGACGUCAUUUUGCCCCAUGAUGGAUUUUCCGCCAUCUGUGUUUAUGUUGAAAACAUAAACACAAUCAUCUCGAUUCUUUGCACACAUGAUCUUCAGGCCAUGCUUGAUAUAAAAAUAUGAAAGAUCUUUCAAAUUCAAAACCGUUUGGCCGCUACAGCCAAUCAAUCAAAAAAAUCAAUUUGGCGGUCAUUGACCUCUAGGGGGCGCUAUAAUUAACAAAGACGUUUUUUAACUCCUCUCUCUUCGAGUGAGAAUAUUUCAAACAAAUCUUCUAUGUCUGGUGAUACUCUCAGACCGCCCCAUAUAGCUCAUAAAAUAUUUCCCAUUGGAACAUCAGAAAUUGACCGCCAUGUUGAAAGUUGUCCAAAUCAACAUUACAUAUCCACAGGCCACAAAUUAUGUCCAAUCAUCAUGAUGGUGAACGAUGACCGUCGUUCACCUCGAUCUAACUCUUUAUGGGAUUACACUGACUGAAAUGAAUUGUAGGUCUUUAAAUUGAACUUUAAAUUCAACGAGUAAAAUUAACCUACACUUGAAUAAGAUAGAAAUGUUAAAGUUUAACAACAGUGUCUACCUCAUUGCCUUGUUUUGACAUGGCCGGUAAAAUCUAUUAAAUGAUGUAAUGAAUAAAGAUCGAUAAACAUAACGUAGGUAGCGAUACACGAUCGAAAAGCCAUAAAUGUACUGUUUACCAAAGCGGUCGUUUCAACAUUAUGAAUAUGUAUCUUUUUUAUAUCAUUCUGACAAAGUGGGCGAAUUCAAGGCGGAAGAGCUCACAUGUUCCAACUUUUUGUACACGGAGCUUUGUUUGCAAACAAAAUAGAGCCACGUGGAGCGAUGGCGCAG